AUGGACAGAGCAGUCAAAGGAGCAACUAAAUCAAAAUGUGCAGCACCUAAACAAAAAUAUCUUGAGGUUCUCAUACCAGCAACUUCAAGUAGUGAUGCUUUGAAAACAAUAUUUGCGUCAUUAGAACAUCGUUUACGAGAAAAUUCUUGGACGAUUGUAUUCAAAAGUCUUAUUGUGAUUCAUAUUUUGAUGAGAAAAGGGGUUGAUGGUCAAGUUUUAAGUUAUUUAGUUAGAAAACCAAAUAUUUUAAAUUUGUCAGGUUUUAAAGGAUCAGGAAUAGGCAAUGGAGCCGAACAAACUAAAAAUAUUCAUUCAUACGCUGCAUACUUGGAAGAAAAGGUUUCAGUAUAUCGAGAGUUAAAGGUCAAUUUUGUUAAAGAAAAGAAAUUAGAGAAUAAUAGUCGUUUAAGAAGGCUUACAGUUGCCAAGGGUCUUUUGCGAGAAGUUAAGAUUCUUCAACGACAAUUAGAUGCUUUAUUAAAUUGUAAGUUUUAUCUGGACGAGGUUGCUAAUUAUGUAACAUUGACAGCAUUCAGACUUAUUGUCAUCGACUUGCUAGUACUUUUUGAAACAACGAAUGAAGGCGUUAUUAAUAUGUUAGAACAAUUUGUUAGUAUGUCACAAAUAGAUGCAAAAGAUGGAUUAGAAAUUUAUAAAAAAUUUGUGAAACAAACUGAAAAAGUUGUUAUUUAUCUAAGGGCUGCUCAAAAAUUACAAAGUGUACUUGAUCAACAACGACAGUUGCAACAAACAACUGCAAUGACAGCCUCUUCACCUCAUAAUCCUUUUGGACAAUUUUCUCCUCCUGCUUUUACUAAUAAUAACAUUAACAGUGGUAAUAAUAGCAAUCCAUUUGCUUCACCGAUGCAACAACAAAAUCUACUAUGA